AUGCUACGUGGCACCGACAUUUAUCGCCUGGAAACAAAUUUUAAAACAUUCAUGCUGGCGAAUUUUCGGGAAACACUUCUGACGCUUGAAUCAGAGCAGAUACGCACACAGGCAACGAACGUUGAGCACUGCUGCAGAGAAAUUUACUACAAGAAUGCUGUGAGUAACAUACGACUGCGUACUCGAGCUUCCCGGUCAUGCAUUUACAGUGGCACUAGAAAUGGCAGUUACAUCGCCGGUGUACUGGAAUUCGAUCAUUUCAAGAUAAAAACAAUACACAACUCGUUGAAUGUGCAUGUCCCUAUCACAGGCAGCUUUGCGAUCUUCAGGGAUUAA